AUGGCUACCUCAACCAGCAGUCAAGCACCUGUAAUCCAAAGUGAAACUGUUGAUUUCAUCGCUGCCGUCCCUCUGGUGUCAGGUGCUGUGGACUAUGCUCUGUCCAUUGUCAAGUCACACUCUCUCCUUCAAAAGGCCUAUGACCUUGCUGAGACCGUGACCGUUAAGGCACUUUCCAUCUCUCAGCCGAUAGUGUCGAUCUUCAGUCAGCCGCUUCAUAUCCUUGACCAUACAACCUUGAAGGUCCUGACCUUCGCUAAAAGCAAGGUUCCUUACCCCUUUGAGGUAAAGUGGGAAGACCUGGCGCCAAUCGAACAGGGCCAGAAGCUGGCAAACGAUUACUGCAGCAAGUCGCGCGAGAUGUACGAUACACAUGUGAAGGGUACUGUGAAGAACAUUUAUGAGAAAACAGGACAAGCAGUGGAGCAGCUUCAGCAGAAUGAACAGCAAUACCUUCAGAAGACAAGCUCAACUAUUUCUUCUUUACAGGACAAGUUUUCCAAGGUGUCACAGGAAUAUGCGGAGAAGACGAAGUCAGAAGCAGCCGAUGGUGAGAAGGCGGCGCAAAGUCUGGUUAGCAACCUAAUGUCGGAGGUGGAAGGUCUCCAGAAGUUUGCAAAGAACCUGCCCGCUGAAGGCCAAAAGCGCAUGGAACCUUUGAUGGAACUGCUUAGCAAGACAUACAAGGAUCUGUCAGGUGUGGCGUUUGAUUCGAAUGUGGCUAUUCAGGAGCGCGCAGCAAAGGUUCAGAACUAUCUUGGUGAGACGACGGUGCCUGAGCUGCAAAAGCUUGUGAAGAGCGGUCUGAAGACUGAGUAA